AUGUCUUCCCUCCUUGCUGGUAUUCAAUGCCGAGACAACAUCCACCUCAUCAUCGGCACAAACCCACUCGCCUCGUCACGAUGUGCCCAGUCCCUCGCCGCGGGGGCACACCCCGUCAUCGUGGCCCCGGCCGACGCGGAGCUCCACUACGCCCUUCAGCGUCGCGUUGACGACGGGGAGGUGAAAUGGGAGAAGAAGUCUUUUGACGAUGACGAUCUCUUUCGUCUGGGACGCAACGAGGUCGACCACGUCGUCGACGCCGUCUUUGUCACGUCUGGCUCUCGUGAUGUCCAGAGCCAGCACAUUUCUCAACUCUGCAAGCGCAAUCGGAUCCCCGUCAACGUCGUCGACGCACCCCACCUCUGCACCAUCACACUCCUAUCCACCCACACCGACGGACCCCUACAGAUUGGCGUCACCACAAACGGCCGCGGAUGCAAGCUCGCCAGCCGCAUCCGUCGGGAGGUGGCGGCCUCGCUCCCGCAGAACCUAGGCGCCGCGUGCGCUCGUCUCGGCCAGAUGCGCCGGCGGAUCCAGGAAGAAGACGCCGAGCACGCCGAGCAGAGGAAGAAGCCGGACGAUCAGCCGGCCGCCGCCGUGGCCGUGGGCGAGUUCGACGACGCCACAGGCCAGGACGCCCACUUCAACAAGCUUGUGACGGGGGACGCGGAGGACGAGGAUCGGACCAGGCGGAUCCGCUGGCUGAGCCAGGUGUGCGAGUACUGGCCUCUCAGCCGUCUGGCCAGCGUCGGCGACGCCGACGUCGAGGACAUGCUCCGGUCUUACGACUCGACGACCGGCCGCCAGGCCGCGCCCGUCGAGUCCGACCAGGACCGGCGCCGGGAUCAGGGUCAGGGUCAGGCCCCCCCGCGGAACCUGCGGAGCCUGCGGAACCGGGUCGGACGGGUCGUCCUCGCCGGCAGCGGACCCGGCCACCCCGACCUCCUCACCCAGGCCACGCACAAGGCCAUCCUGGCCGCCGACGUCAUCCUGGCCGACAAGCUCGUCCCCUCCGGCGUGCUGGACCUCAUCCCGCGCCGCACCCCCGUCACCAUCGCCCGCAAGUUUCCCGGCAACGCCGAGCUGGCCCAGCAGGAGCUCCUGGACAUGGCCCUCGACGCCUACCGACGCGGCCGGACCGUCCUCCGCCUCAAGCAGGGCGACCCCUUCGUCUACGGCCGCGGCGGCGAGGAGGUGGCCUUCCUCCGCGCCCACGGCGUCCCCGCCGACCGGCUCGUCGUCCUCCCCGGCAUCACCAGCGCCCUGUCCGCCCCGCUGUUCGCCGACAUCCCCGCCACCCAGCGCGACGUGGCGGACCAGGUCCUCGUCUGCACCGGCACCGGCAAGAAGGGCAGACCCCCCACCCCGCCAGAGUUCGUGCCCACCCGCACCGUCGUCUUCCUCAUGGCCCUCCACCGCAUCGCCGACCUCGUCCGCGAACUCACCACCCACCUCGACACGCCUGCUCAUCAGGGUCGGGAGGGGGAGGAGGGCAGGGAAAAGUCCCGGGUCCCCGUCGGAGACGAUGGGCGGCGGCGCACCAUCUGGCCCCUCGACACCCCCUGCGCCGUCAUCGAGCGCGCCAGCUGCCCCGAUCAGCGCGUCAUCCGCACCACCCUGCGCCACGUCGCAGAGGCCAUCGAGGCGGAGGGCAGCCGCCCUCCCGGCCUUCUCGUCGUCGGCGCCGCGUGUGACGCCCUGCGCCCCAAGGACGGGUCGGACGGCACCGCUAAUAAGCCUGACUGGAGUGUCGAGGAGGGUUUCCGCGGUCUGGAUGUCGGGUUGCCGACCUUGCCUGCUGGUGCUGAUGCAUGA